AAAAUAUUCGAAAGUUAAUUCAGAUACAUCCAUUGCUUUAAUAAAUAUAAACAGUACAAACUUUUAGUGCAAAUCAAGACAAGAACAUGAAUGAUUCUCAAGUAAGUGCUUCUUCAGUAAAUACUGAAGAAGAUGAAAAAAUUGGAAGUGGCAGUGAUGCCGAGAUGGUUGUGACAGGCUCAAUGACCUUUGCACUCACACCAUCAGCUGCUGCCGCUCUUCAUGUUGAAGCAUCUGAAAUAGCAGAGAAAAAUGUCAACAGAUCCAAGUCACCUCUCCCAAACAAUGCUACAAUAGACACAAGCAAAUGUAUUAGCAUAAGUGAAGAUUAUGUGUCUUCAUCAAGUGAAGAGCCGAGAAUGGAAGGCCAACAAGCUGCACUUGAAACUAAAGAUUCUAAUGAAGUUAAAGUAUCUUCUCCUGAUACAAAUGAUGUUGCUGUUAAUGCUCAAGAAGAGGAUGGUGCAGCCAAGACCUUGACAACACCAGCUUCACAUGCCACUAAUGUGCUUCAUUCGUCUGGAUCACAAGCAAGUGAAAGCAGUGUGAAUGAGCCUGAGGAAGUAAGUGCCCUGCAAGUAGGCACCCCACAGAAACGAAGGAAAAAGCUUAGAAAAAGGAAGGAUUUAAGACGUCAAAGACCACAAGCUUUAGGUGAUCUGCCGUCAACUGUUGUGCGUCUGGUUGGGCCGAACAACUGCGAGGUGUUCGUGGUAGGCACAGCCCACUUCUCAGAGGAGAGCCAGCAAGAUGUAGUAGCAACCAUAGAGAAGGUUCGCCCUGACGUUGUUGUGCUGGAGUUAUGCAGAGCUCGGACAGCCAUCUUGUCCCUGGAUGAACAGACCAUUCUACAAGAGAGCACCAACAUGGACUUCACAAAGAUGAGAGCUGUGUUGAGCCAGCAUGGCAGGGUGCAAGGUAUUCUAUACCUCUUGUUGCUCUCAGUGUCAGCUCACAUUACAAAGCAGCUUGGGAUGGCACCCGGAGGAGAAUUCAGAGUUGCUGUCUCUGCAGUGAAGCGUCUUGUUCCAGGAGCUAGCAUCCAGCUCGGGGACCGCCCCAUUAACAUCACUUUGGGCCGCGCUCUGGCUGCCCUAUCUCCCUGGUCUAAGCUCAAACUUGCCUUCCACAUCAUCACCACUUCAGAGCCCAUCAGUGCAGAAUUCAACCUCUCACACUCUCUGCACCUCGCCUGCCACCCUUCGCCCCUCACUGGAAACCGCGUGCCACGUCGCGUCGUGGGGGUAGUGGGCAUCGGCCACCAGAAAGGCAUUGAAGUUCAUUGGGGCAAAGUCACCCCUCAGCAACUCCGUGAACUUCUCACUAUCCCUCCAUCGAGCCUCGCUAACCGCGUCGUGUCGCUGUCGUGGCGCCUUGGCGUGUACUGCCUGGCGGGCUAUUGCUGCUACCGUGUCGCAAAGACCGGCCUCGGAAUGCGGGUCACCAGCUCAGUCGUCGCCGUGACGUCAUCCGUGGCGGUUGCGUCGACAGCGCUCCUGGAAAAAGGCGCCCAAAAGGCUGGAUUUGGGUUCAGGUCCAACACAUGGCUGAACACCCUGGUGUCGUUGAGUCCGCCGUCUACAAGCCAAUCAGAGUCCAAUACUUCAACUCCUCAAUUUCAACUCACGAGAAACAUUACUCCCACUCGUACAUCGAUUCCGUCCUCUCAAUUCAGUAAAAGUACCUGCAACCUCACUUCAGUUCCAUUAACCAUGGAAGAUAGUUCCAUUAAAGAAUCAGCAUUUCCAGAUCCGGAUGGGGAAAUUCCUCAUACACGUGCCAAACACUCGCAACUGCAAAAUAAACGCGGAAGUUUCCAUGAUGGCGCCGUUUCUCCGGAGGCCAAACAUCACGGCGUUUCAAACCAACCUUCUCACACUUGUGCGGUGGUUAAUGACACCGCUCUUAAUAUUCCUGAAUUAAACUUUGGCAAUGAACUUCACUGGUCGGAAUAUUACGGCGAGGACGAGUAUGAACAUCCCCAAGGCGAUGUAAUGUACGUCACAUCCUCCAUCCUUGGUCCCGGUGCAGACGUGGAGUUGUUCGAGCAAAUGCCUCAGGGCUGCCGCUGUAGCUCCGAUUGUUCAGUGAUAUUACAAAAUGACAAUUCAUCCAAGCCACAAUGUGAAAAUUGGCCUGCCAUAGAACUUUUGAACGAAAGUUCCUGUAUAAGUGUUGAUGAUUCUGUUAGGGCCUUUUCAAGUAAGUCCGAUUCAGCAGCUGCCAUUAAGGACGCGGAUGUUGUUAACCCCUCUACCAGCAAGUCAGUUAUAUCUUUGCUGGACGAGCAAACAGGUCCUCUGACUCCAAUUGAGUCGAAGAAUCACGAUAGAAGCGCUAGUUGUUCAUGCUUGCAUCGCGCUCCACUUUCUUACAAAAACGGACUGCUGCUGCAAAAUGAUCUUCCUUGGCCAUUGUAUGAAUGUAACGAUGACUGUGCCUGCCCUGGUGCUGAUGUAACCAGCAGUGCAAGAGCCGUCAGAGCUGCAACGUGCGAAAACAGAAUAGUGCAGCGAGGUCCUAGAAAGAAUUUGAUGAUUGUGAGAACUGCUGAGUACCCAGGCUCUGUUGCUUGUUCGGUUGAUGAUUCAGAAAACGUGCCAAAACCUUCACCUGAGAGAAAUUCAGCGCGUUUCACCAAAGGUUAUGGUGUGAUAACCACAAGUUUCAUUCCACGUGGUGCUUUCAUUUGCGAGUACGCAGGGGAAAUCAUCGGCAUUGAAGAAGCGAAGAAACGAUUUUCUAAGCAGGAUGCAAUGGGUACGAGCAACUACAUCAUGGUUCUUAAGGAGCAUUGUGUUUAUCAAGGAAUGAAUCCUAAAAGUGGUAAUGAAAGUUUGAGACCGAUAGCUCAUGGGGAUUCCUUAUUGAAAGCAUCUUGCAAUAAAGAAGAAAAUAGUGAAAAUUUCCGUAAUAAUUACUCUAUUUUGAAAAGCCAACUUUCAUCUCAAAUGCACUCCAAUAUCUCACUGGCAUAUAAGCAUUUAGAAAAUUCUAGUAGCUCAGAUAUCCCGAAUGUUUUGUUGCCCAGUGAAGCGUGUUGUCCAAACUCAGAAAGUUUACAGUCCGUCAGAAGCACAAAUUUAUGCACACACAAAAUGGGAGAAACACAAAAGAUGGGAUUUUUCUCCCACACAAAAUGGGAGAAAACUUUAUGUGAGAAUGACGCUCGGUUCCCAGAAGAAAGUGGUGACGCCAGCAGCACAACGCUUCUGACGAUCAUCGACCCCACUUUGUUCGGUAACAUCGGACGAUACCUGAAUCAUUCCUGUGACCCUAACAUCCACGUGCUGCCGGUGCGCAUCAACAGCUUAGUACCUCGAGCUGCGAUGUUCGCCCUCAGGAACAUUCAGGCCGGCGAGGAGCUUGUCUACGACUAUGGGUCACACUCCACGCACCACGCAAGUGUGUUCGACAGAAGCAGUUCUAGUGCUGAGACUAGCAUGAGGAACAUUCAAACCGGCGAGGAGCUCGUCUACGACUAUGGAUCUCACUCCACGCAGCAAGCGAGUGUGUUAGACAGAAGCAGUUCUAGUGCUGAGACUAGCAUGACACUCUCUAGCGAAGUAGAAGGCAAUAUUAGGGAACGAAACUAUCCCGAAGAAAUUUCUGUUGGUGAGAAACUGAUUAAUUUAAAGGAAACGGAAAUAAUUUUAAACCCUGGAAAUACGCCGGGAAACUAUUUAGGCCGCAUGUUAAAGCUCACUGGCGUCAACGCGCCACCUGGCAGAAGUGAAUCGCUUACUCAGAAACGGAAAACAGUCGAAGAAAACGGGAAGCUGAAGAAGCAACGUGUCAACUUGACGCCAUGUCUCUGUGGGGCCUCUAAUUGUCGAGGUUUCCUCCCAUCCCAAACUGAACUUUUCUAAGUAACAUGCAUGCAUACUUAGCUUUGCUGUCGGGCUCUGUCAAAUGUCUGAUUACUUGGAGCUGCCGACAAUACGUUGCCAGUUUUGAAACUGGUUGCUCCAACUGUACUCGUUACAAGUAUUAGAUUGAAUAAUCAUGUUUUUUAACUUUGGCUCUGGAGAAUAUGAUGGUUAGUGACUUUUUUAUUAGGCUUGAUAAUGCAUUUAAAUUUACCAGCUUUCACGUGAGAAAUGUAAGAACUUUGACUGAUUACCAUGGCCACGCGAUGGAAGCCAACAUGAAUAUUUACAAUUUUUGAAAUAGACAACUAUUUGUUGUUCAUGAUAAUAUCUCCUUACAAUUAUUUGUAACUAUUUGUUGUCUAUGAUAAUAUGUCCUAAAUGUAGCAGGAGUUAUUCCACUUGGUGAAGGCAAUGAGUCACAGAACUGUAGUCAACAUGGCUUGAUUUCAACGACGGACCAGAUAGUGCGUUUCGCUUUUCUUCAGUUUUUGCUUGCUUCUAGUUGUGUUCAUGAGCUAUGCUUGUAGCGUGUAAAACUUUUCAAUUAUUACCGUAUUAAUCGUGAUAAACGAAAAUUGAGUUUCACUGAAACAUUGUAAUUUGAUUCAAAAUUUGUCAUUUUCCACUUCCUUAUUCCAAUUUUCGAAAGAUUGUUAUUGUCAUAAUAGACUAUAAAAUCUGGUUCUGGCGUUCAAGAAAAUAAUUCCAUCCUUUAUGUAUGUGGACCCGGUAGAGGGUAACACCUCGGUAUACAGAAUUAUGAAUGUUUGCAAAUCUAUUGUUUUUAAUCCAUCACUUUCUUUACUGAUGGGAUAAAAUAACCUGCUCACCUGCUCAUUUAUGAACAUUCUUUGUUUUCACAUGUUAUAUUAUCAUCUGAGUUGAGUGUUCUAUAUAUUGUUAUCUUAAUUGAGUGAUAUAUUCCAAGAUGUAUGAUUAUUCAUUUGUUUUCUGGGUUCAGGUUUAUUGCAACCAGCAUUUAUGUAUCUAUGAUGAAUAUUCUUUGUAUGGAAUUUAUAUCAAGUUAUACUUCUGCACAGCCAAAUUCCAGUGCAUUGACUUAUAGUGACAAACUGAAGCUGGUCUCGCUUGUUCGCCAUUGGUACAUUACUUAGGCAUCCGCGGUGUCAAUACCAGUGAAAUAAGUGAAGAGUUUCACAGGAAGGAAAGUGCAUAAUUGAAUUAUUUCAAUGGAAGAAAAAUAUCUAACGAGAUGAGUGCCAUGACUGGCUUUAGCUGGACAUAGUGAAGAAGUGCCUAUAAUAAAUAAAGCGUGUGUUGAAUGGCCGUAGUAAAUACAAUGCAGAGUGCAGACUGUUACUGUAAUCGAGAAUUAUAUCUUGUAACUUGAAGACUAACCGACUUGUUUUAGCUGCAGUAUCACUUUUAUAUUACUACUGGAAACGUUUAAUAGGUCAGCUGACCCAGUGUAUAAUUCAUAUUCUAUUUAAUACCAGUAACUACAGUCAUUAAUGGUUGUCAACUGCUGUCAUGCUCAUUUAUGGCGACACAAGUCCAUUUUUUCUCCGCUGUUGCUACCAAAAUUAAUUGGAAACCUUCAGUUGAUCUUGGAAGUUUAUUUCGUCCGCAUUCUGAUUGUUAUGCAAUAGAAUUGUAUUACAUUGAGGUUUCCUCUGCCAUAACACCAUAGAUUAAUUUCUGCUUGGUUGGUGAAAUUAUGUACGCUUGCUAUUUGUAGAUGCUCGCAUUAUUUUAUGUUUCUCCCUGGCGUUCUUUUUAGCGCAUUUUC